GCCAAGCAAGGCGUUGGCGUUUUAAUAAAGAGUAACAUCCCUCAUACGCAAAUAUUUAACUCAUCCUCCAUCCAAAACAUUUGCAUCGAAAUCCAACUUAAUAUCAAAUUCACCGUCAUAUCCAUUUACAUACCGCCCGACCAAACCUUCAACCCACACGACAUUGAUAACCUCUUCCAAAACACAAGCAACCCUAUCAUUCUAGCUGGAGAUAUUAACAGUUGGAACACCCUAUGGGGCUCCCGGUCUAACAACGCCAGAGGACUUAUCUUCGAAUCUGCAAUAUCGCGACACAACCUGUGUAUACUCAACGACCGGCAACCAACUCACUUCUCCACACAUGGAUCGCUGACCCACGUCGAUAUUGCAUGCUGCUCUCCCGCACUCCUUCCAAUAACUUCGUGUUAUACGUUGGAUGAUCUCUACCACAGUGACCAUUUUCCAAAUAAAACUACCUUAACCCUUUGCAAUCAUCAUUGCAGGAGGCCGUUUGUCGCCAAAUUUAAAUUACACGAUGCAAACUGGAAUGAGUUCUCAAAGACGACCGACCAAGAGCUUGAUAAAAGAAGACUCACCAAUCAGACAAACAGAGACGCUGCGGUACUCACCAAGUCUAUUCGUGUUGCAGCUAAUAAACAUAUUCCACAAACCCACCCCGGUCAAAAAAGAUCCGUUUAUUGGUGGAGUUCCGAGCUCUCCACACUUCGAUUGGAAAAGAUUUCGGAAAGCAGCGAAAUCCGCUAAAGCCCAAUGUUUCCAACAAUUUUCCAGCACAAUUAACAGGGACACGCCCAUUGCAAAAGUUUGGAGCCAAUUGAAAACUAUCUACAACAGAAAUACGGAUAACUCAAUACUAUCAAUCAAAUCCAACAAUCAAACCCUACUCGAACCAUCGAAUAUUGCAAAUCAAUUCGCCUCAGACUGGGCACAGUUCUCCUCAGACGAUAAUUUCUCCCCCGCUUUUAGAGCAGCGAAGUACCGAACAAGUGUUCCUUUAACUCACAACCCAUCCAACAUGCAAGCGAGAAUGUUAGAGUCAGCUAUUACCACAUCCGAAUUCAAACAAGCAAUUAAUGGUGCGGGUAUAAUGGAGGCGCUUCAAAUAGCCCAAAAAAAGAAUAAGACGGCUGUAAUCUUCAGCGACAGUCUCUCGGUCUUAGAAGCCAUAAAAAAUAUCUCCAAUAGUAACUGGGACACAAUAAACGCGAUCCCUGAUAUUUUACACCAGUCCCAACACACAAAACUCUUCUGGAUACCAGGACACGUAGGUAUAACUGGUAAUGAGGAAGCAGAUAAUGCAGCGAAGUCUGCGUGCAAGGCUCCAACCAUCAUUAGCCCCAUUAUAGAGAAAACUGAUCUAGCGCGUGUCUGUCUUCAACAGCACCGAAAACAACAACAAGCCAAAAGAGCACUCAAUCAACAUCACCAUUACUCAACUAUUAACACAAACAAUGCACCUGCUAUUUACCCCACUACCAUAGAAAAAGAAAAAAUCUUUGUAUUUUCCCGCCUUCGCCUUGGGCAUACAAACGCAACUCAUUCGCACCUACUAAGUACCCAACACAGCGGAAACUGUCUACAUUGCAACGCACACCUAACAGUCAACCACCUUCUCCUCGAAUGCCCGGAGCACCGCAGGUCUAGAAAUUCCAUCCUUAACAACCACAACCCAAUCGAUCUACUCAAAACUCCUUCAAUCCAGAACAUCAACGUUAUAUACAAUUACAUCAGAGCCAUCGAUGCCAAGAUAUAAUCCACACUUUUACAUUACCGACACAGCCAAGAGCCCUAGCAGCUAGCGCUGUAACUAACUAUAAAUUUUAUAAUUUAUUAUAAAUUUAAUACAACAAAUAAAUAAAUAAUAUAUAUACAUAUAUGAAAUUUCUUAAGACGUUCCACUUGAUUUCCUUAUCAAAGAGUGCAUUUGUCACAUACUUUCAUAUAUAUAAAUGCACAUAACACUACCUAAUAGUUUACACACCAUUAUUUUAUUUUAUCUUGUAUAUAAAUCACUUUAAUCCAACUUUUAUUAACUUGUAAUUACGUUACAUUGCACCCAUUAGUCUGUUCCUUUGAACUUCGGACUAAAACCUGUGGAACUGUCAAACUACAA